AUGGGUACAUCAGAAAAUGCCCUAAUUGUUCUAACAAUUUUUCAUGUCUCUUUACUGCUAAGCACAGUGAUUGCAGUUAAUCCAACUGGGUUAACUAUGAAGAUCUUUCAUAGAGACUCCAAAAACUCACCUCUAUACCCAGGCGACCAUUUAACACAAGAAGAAAGAUUGUAUAGACUCAUCCAACAAUCGAAAGCUCGUGCACAUUAUCUUGGAUCAAAAAAGAUGUUGAAUAAAACAAACUCGAUAAAUCCGGAUGUUGCACGUCUACCACUGGCUUACCAAGAGGCAUCAUUUUAUAUUGCAUUGGUAGGAAUAGGUACUUUUGAUGGCUUAGCACAACCUUUUAAAAAUUAUUAUUUACUGGUUGAUUCUGGCAGCGAUCUUAUAUGGACUCAAUGCCAAGGUGCUGUUUCUUAUUUUCAUCAAGAAGAUCCCUUAUAUCCCGCUGCAGAUUCAAGGUCAUACCAACCUCUUCGUUGUAACGAUCGCCACCCUUUUUGCGACCCAAGUAAUUGUGAUGAUGAAGGCAUAUGUCAUUAUGAGGAAGAGUACUUAACCAGUUCAGUUACAUCAGGUGUUUUGGCAAAAGAAAAAUUUACUGUAAAUUCAGAUAACGAUGGCCUUCAAUCUUUUGAUAUUAUCAUGGGUUGUGGCACUAGACAAGAGAAUUUCGGACCAGUUAUUGGUAGUGGUUUUAGAAGCCAGAAACCUGAUGUUAUUGCAGGAAUACUGGGUAUGGAUGGUGGACCCAGAUCUUUUAUUAAUCAAUUAGGUCCUGCCGCAGGAGGUAGAUUUGAGUACUGCCUGCAGCCAUAUACUGCUGGUGUGGCUACAAGCACCUACUUAAGAUUUGGUUCAGACGUGAGACUUGGAGCGGGUGAAGGUCAACAACAAGUAUAUUCAUCAACUCCCUUAUUUUCACAACCGGAUGACCCAGGUGCGUAUUUCUUGCAUCUAGAAGGCAUCAGUAUAGGUCGUAAUAGACUCCCAUUUCGAAGAUCUGAUUUCAAGUAUAACGAGGAUACGAAUAGAGGCGGUUGUAUCAUAGAUUCAGGGAGUCCAAUAACCUUAAUGCACGGACCUAUAUUUGAUAGAGUUGCAGAAAGUGUAGAUGCAUAUUUUCGAGAUUUAGAUAUUCAUCGUAUUGGAGAACCUCGUGGUUAUUUUGAUCUUUGUUUUUCUCCAAAACCCAAGAAAGAUAAAGACUAUCCGUCGAUGACAUUUCACUUUCAAGAUGCCGACUUUGUAAUGGACAAAUCGGAUACUGUUUUUUCUAUCGGUGGUAAUGAUUUUUGUUUAGGAAUUGUAUCGUUGGAUAGUGAUUAUGAUGUCCUGUUUGGAGCAAUGCAACAAGCUCGCAAAAGGAUUUUACAUGAUCUUAUGAGGGGGACACUCUCAUUUGCUGCAGAGGAAUGCCAAUUGGCUUCAUAA